AUGAGAAGCAGCGAGGACUCGAUGCCUGCUGUGCUCGUCCAGUCUCCGUCUGACAGCACACUGGCCGAGUCGGGUUCCGCGACAGCCCAGCAUCCACUGGACGAUCAUGCCUACUUCCCACGGCGUCGCGAACACGGCAGACCGGAUCGCCCGGCAGGCCUCACGAGCGAUGAGGAGGACGAAGAGGAACAGGACGAGCUUGCGAGCCUGGAGCAAGACCACCUCGCCCACAAGCGCAGGAACAAGGGCAAGCAAAAGGCCGUCUUUGUCACCCCACCGAGCAGCACGGCAUCUCCCCUCGGCGACGGGCAAGACAACCGAGACGAGUCCGACUCAGAGCUGACGGAGGCCCAGACGAUGGAGCAGGAAAGAAGGAUAGCAGAGAACCUACGACGCAUGUCCCUCAACGAGAAGCAACGGCGGAAGCAAGCCCGCAAACAAUCUGUACAGACGGUGGGACCGCUCGGGCCUGCGCCGCUGCCGAGUGCAAUAGGCUCCGCCGUCACAGAUCUGACGAGACGAGGCACGACUUUGAUACGGUCAGGUAGCUCUGCCGCACGCCGACGCUCAACCAGAGAUCCCGCGACUGAUCGGAUCCGGCUAGGCAAAGCUCACCGUCUGAGCUCACUUGGCGGUGAUCAGUGGCACGAGGUGGCACUCGAAGACCGCGUGCUAAGCAGGGAGGACUUUGAGCUGUCACCCGUCUCGCCCGGCUCUGAGGGCAAUGCUAUCUCGCCGGUCAGCUCAGAGAGCCGUCCUAGACCCGCCCUGGCCAUGUCGUCGCAGACCCGACGUCAGGAAUCGACAGAAUCAGAUCGUGCUGCAGGAGCGCUCGCUCGCGGCAGCCAGUUCAUAGAAGAUCUCGACGCACAGCUCGUCCGCCAGCCGAAGCUGUCUGUCGAUGUACAAAGCAUGAGCAGCGGCUCUGCAUCGCUGUCAGCACGCACCAGUGCGACUUCGGUUACUUCGGCUGAUGAACAUUCGAAAGGAAUGGAUGACAUAUUCCGGCCAGAGACCAACAAGAGAACGUCCUCUUCGACCGUAUCCACCCUGUCAACAGUCGUCCCGAGCUCGCCGCAAUUGGAGCGUGUCCCACCGCUCUCGUCAACCCAUCUGAUGGACGAUGCAGACUCAAGGCAGAAUGAUGGGAUUCAAGUGCGCGUGCUGACAUGGUCCGAAUGGUUCUGCUGCUGUGGCCUUUUUGCUGGUAUGAACGAACAAGACGAGAGCGAGGAUCAAGCCGGUAGGACGAAUCCGAUGGAAUGAUCUGCAAACUUACUGGAUCUACUUAUUGUCGUACCAUGCAUGCGCGCGUCUAUGUAUUGUAUAUUCUUAUCGGCCGCAAAGACAGUCGGUCUCCUCUCGUCGUCUACAGAUGAGAGGGCUCAUACAAACAAGCAUUGGGCAAACAACUAUUCUCUCUUUGAGCGUACCUUACCUGUAGCGAGCAGUUCUAGUAUUGCUGCCUUAAGCAAUGCCAAGCCCUGGUGCAGGAUCAUUGCUGGGUAAUGACUUGCAUCAGCUCUGAGUGUUCGGAGCGGUCUUCAACGCACCAGAGACGACGAGGCCGCCCACAGAGUCCAAGAAGGUCAGGCCAAAGAU